CGGGCGAAAGAAAGAACGCGGGGUGGCCUGUGCGAUGACAUCAUCCCUCAUUUGCAUAAAUCUCAGUCUCAGAGCUGAUUGGUCACGGGCGGGAGAAACCGAAGCCGCUCGCGCUUUUCAUCCUUUUCAAUGCUCUCUCUCUUUCGCCCGCAGAGUGUGUGCGCGUGCGUGCGCUGAUCGCCAAGCGCCGUUUCAUUCUCUGCUGCCAGGAGACGCGCAUCUCUUUUAUCGCCGGUAGACAGUCAGUCAGCUCCAAACAGUCUCAGUCAGAGCUUCUGUCUACUGGUUUUUAUCUCAACAAUUGUUGCCGGUUUUUGUCGAUUCACAGCAUUGACCACCGGCUGCCUGCGUUCCGCUUGGAAAAACGGGAGGAGACGCGAGUACCGACUGGGCGUUGCUGGAGGAAAAGCGCUUUUAUUCGGUCAGUCUUAGGGCGUCUGAUACCAGUAGUCCAACUAGUGCACUGAGUCCUGGGUUCCUGAUUUCUCUUCUGCUGAGACGGACCUCCAGGACUAGGACAAGAUGAAACCGGAUGGUGUUGACACGGCAACAAUGGAGCCAAUGGAAGCAUUAAAUGCAGGUCCUGCGAUCGAGGUGGCACCAGUGGGUGAGGCUCAGGACCAGGCUUUGCCCACAAUGCAAACAGAAGGUGAACCACAGCCAACAGAGGCACAUUCCGCAACCAAUAAGACUGGAAAGGACAAGCCUGCAGACCCCAAAGCUAAGACGAAGGCUCCUGCCAAAACAAAGACACCCACCGCUGGUACCAAGGCAUCCACGACCAGCUCCCGUCCCAGCACUGGUCAAAGCCGUCUAACAAACGGGGCACAGAAGUUGCAAGCUAAUGGCGUCACCAAAAAGACCACGACAGGAGGCCUGGAGAAGAAAACCUCAACCACUGCUGCCUCUAAAAAACCAGUUGGCUCCACUGCUGCACCCACAACCAAGACCCCUACUACCAAGGUGGCUGAGAAGAAGCCGAUGGGGACGGCGAGACCUGCCAGUUCUCCAGCCAAUGGCCUGAAGACAACAGGAACAGCGCAGCCCAUCAAGAAAGCCCCUGUUGCACCAGCUAAUGGUCUGAAGUCUAAACCAAAGACUACAGCUCCAGCUUCAAGGCCCACCACUGCAUCCACCACCAAGACCAGCACCACUGGCUCUCCCAAACCUGAUAGGCCACCGGUCGCUAAGACACCCAGGUCUGCUGGCUCUGCUCCUGCUGCUCGUUCUUCCCCUGCUGCCCCUAAGCCUGCGACCCCAACAACUGCAGGCAAGACAUCUACAUCUGCAUCCAGACCAACUACUGCUACACCCAAGACACCAUCUACUACGGCUAAACCUUCUCCUGCUAAAACCACAGCACCCCCUGCUGGCCGCACUCCUACUCAGACUCCCAAGACAACAACACCUGUCAAGAAAGAUGUCAGUAAGCAGCCAUCAACUACAGCGACCAAGAAGCCCACAUCUUCUCCACUUACCCGGCCAGCACCAGCCAAGACCACCAAACCUGACACACCUAAGUCAGCCUCCAAUGCCAAGGCAGAAUCAGCCUCCAAAAAGCCCGCUACCUCCAGCAAGGCGGCAGAUGUUAAGACUAGUAAACCCAAGGAGAGCAAAGCAACACCUUCCAAGGACGUCAGCACAAGCUCCAAGACCACAGGCAGUAAGCCCAGUGCUAAAACAAGCAGCCCAAAGAAGUCAGUUGGCAGUAGCACUCCAAUGGCAGUGAAGCGUGGCCCUAAAGCCUCCCAGCCUGCAGACACAGCAGCCACAGAGGCUGAGAAGAAGGAUGUAGUACCUGCUGUGGUUGCAGCCACUGCAGCAGCCACUGCAGCAGUUGCUUCUGUUGUUUCUGUGGUGACCUCUGAGGAAGCCUCUGAAGACUCAGCUACAGCUUUUGCUCCUGCUGCCACUGAAGAGGCACCUGAGGACAUGUUUACCCAGGUCAAUCCUGCUGCCUCUGAGGUGAAAUUAGAAGACUCAUUUACAACUCUUAUUCCUGCUUCCUUUGAGGACUCUAAAGAUGAUUUUAAAGAAAUGCCCACAUCUGUUAUUGCCCCUACCACUACUGAAGCACCUGAAGACAAAUUUACACCUGUCGUCUGUCCUGUCUCUGAGGAAACAUCUGAAAUCUCUGUUACACUCUGCAGUCCUCCUGCCUUUGAAGAAACACCUGAAGACAGAACUAUGUCUGCCAUUCCCCCCACCUCUGAUCAGGCACGAGAAGAAACUGUUUCACCUGUCAUUUCUCCUGCUGAAGAAGAAACACCUGAAGAUAGAACUACAUCUGUCAUUCCCCCUACCUUUGAUGAGGCACGAGAAGAAACUGUAUCACCUGUCAUUUCCCCUACCUCUUAUGAGGCACGAGAAGAAACUGUAUCACCUGUCAUUUCCCCUACCUCUUAUGAGGCACCUGAAGAAACGGUUUUACCUGUCAUUCCCUCUACAUCUUCUGAGGCACCUGAAGAAACUAUUUUACCUGUCAUUCCUUCUUCCUCUGAAGAAAAACCUGAAGACACAACUACAUCUGUCAUUCCCCCGACCUCUUAUGAGAAACCUGUUGAAAUUGUUUCACCUGUCAUCCCUCCUGCCUUUGAUGAGGAACCUGAAGACACAGUUACACCUGUUAUUUCUCCUACCUCUGAUGAGGUGGAGCUUGUCUAUCCCCAGGAUGCCCCCCUGAGCAUGGACAAUUAUAAAGAUGACAAUGUCAUGUCUCAACUGGCAGCUGAAGUGGAUCCGGUAAGCCUGGAGGAAUCAGUGCCUGCUGUGUCUCCCCUAGGCACCACAGUACUGUCCCCACCAUCCUCUCCCACCGCCCCAACAUUCAUGCCAGUCGAGCUCCCAAGCUCAGCUCCCUUCCUGGGCUUACAGGGUCCAGCUGAACCGUGGGCACAGAGCUCUUCACUGUACACCAGCACUACGACCAUAGAGAACCAGGAGCAGGAAAGACAGCAGGAUGAAGAAAGUGAGAAUGAUGAUGAAAAAGAGCAGGAUGAUACACAGAUGCCCUCUGCAGCAGAGAAUAUGAUGGGAGACUUUGAUCUGCUGGGCUCCACUGGUGGGGAUCACAUCAGAAGUGCAGCUCCUGUCUCCUCCUGGCAAGAAAGAGAAGAGGCAGUGGAGAAAGCUGAAGAAGAGAUUAAUGAAGACAAUGAAGACAAUGAGGAGGAGGAGGAGGAAGAGAAAGAAGAAGAGGAAGAGAAAGAGGAAGAGAAAAAGGAAGAGGAAGAGGAGGAGGAAGAAGAGGAGGAAGAAGAGGAGGAAGAGGAGGAGGAAGAGGUGAGAGAGAUUGGCAUAAAGGAAUCAGUACCCCAGACAGAGAAAGAAGAUGACUUUAAAAAGGGGGUGGCAGAUUUUGCCAGCUGUGAUUGGGGUAUGAUCCAAUCAGAUGACAUGUACAGCAGUAACAAACAUGACUCAGAAGUGACAUCUCCCGUCAAUGCUGAAGACAGCUGCAGUGCUAAAGAGACAGGUGACUUCAUCAUGACCGAGACAGACAGGGAACAACCAUUCACAGGGCCUCCUGGAAUCCAGUCUUUCGGUAGUGAAGAUGAAGAAGAUGAUGAGGAUGAAGAGCAUUUGAAGGAAGAUAUGGAUCUGGGCUCAGAGCAUAAUGAUGAGUAUCACAAACAACAGAAAGACUUAGAGAAGGAAGACGAAGAUGUGGAGAUGGUCCACAGGCACAUGGCUGAAAGUGGACUUGGGGUUUGUGGAAAUGAUGGCAAUGAAGAUGAUGGUGAUGAUGAUGAUGAUUACACAGAGAAGCAUCAUCUAGAUCUCAACAGCAUGGGUCACACUGCUGCAGCAACAUCUAUGCCUUUGACAGCAGCAUGGAGUCAUUCAAAUCCAUUCUCUGAUCCCUUGGCCCAGCCUGCUUCCGUCCUGUCUGAAUCAAGCCUGUCAGAUUCAAGAUUUCAAGAUCCAGAAACACUUAGCAAAUUCCAAGUUGAUCCAGACACAACCACCAAAUUCUCAGCUGAUCCAGAUACACCACCCAAAUCCCCAGCUGAGGCAUUUCUUGACAUGAGUCCACCCCUGAUUCAGGCCUUAGAACCUCAAUCUGAUAUCCAAGAGGAUACUGGGAGCUCUGUCCCAGCAGAGUCAGGUAUCUUGGCUGCUCCUGCCAUUGGAAUGUCCCAGUCCAGCACUCUCAGUGGGACAGCCCUGGCUGCUCACAGCAGCAGUGAGACCAGCACACCUGAAGAGCUUCGGGAUUAUGACAGCAGCUCAGGUGUAGAGUCCCGAUCAGACAAGCAGCAAACACCAGUCCCUGCCAUGCAGACGGACAUGGAGCAAGACCUUGGUAUUCACCUUGAGCGUUGUGAUGGGGAAGAGGAAGAGGCUGAAACUCUGCCAGCCGAUGAGGUACUGGGUGAUGCAGCGACAGCACCAGCCUCCGUUCCAUCAUCACCAUCAACCUCCGGUGAUGAGGCCAGUGAUACAGAGGGUGAGAUGCAGAUCAAUGACCCUGAUGUCACGGUUGAUGACAUCACUACAGUCCCCCACAACCUUGCAGCCCUGGAGGAGGAUGAGGAGGCCCCUGAACAGAUUGUAGAGGAAGAUGGUGAUACACCUCAGUCAGCCAACUCUGUGGCCUCCUAUGGUUUUGACUGCUCUGCGUCCAUCUCCAAUGCCCACUCCAUGGCUGAGAGCUGUGGAAAGAGCCCAGGCAUCUUUAGCUUGGAAAAUGAAGAGCAGCUUCCGGAAGAGGCCAAGGAUCCCUCUUUCAUCAAGGAGCUCACCCUGCCAGCAGCUACUGCCUACAGUGAUGACUUGUUGGGCUGCCCAGUGGAUUUGCUGCCUAUAAGUGAGCCCACAGAGAGAGAUGCUGGGUUUGAUGAGCACUACAUGCUGUGCAGUAAGACAGACCCAGGCUCUAUGGAAGAAAUGGAUCCAGAGUCCCCCAUGCACCUAUCACCCCAACAUGGGGACGAUUCAGAUGGCCAGCCACCUUACUACUCUGCUAUAUGUGAUAAGACUGAUAACUUUUUGGCAGGUAACGUAUAAAGUCCCUCCUUUGGAAUGCACCUUGUCUACCCCAGACCCCACGCUCCCACCCUGUGUCCUUCAUUUCUUCCAAAUGUGGGAUUAGCAAGCAGAGAAAUGAAUAGAAUAAGUAAUAGAAAGGGGAAAAAGAAAGGGGAGCCGCCAGGUGAGGGAUUAUAGCUUUGUCUGAGCUGCUCUCUGUUCUUCUAUUACCACGGUGAUGGUUAUGAUUGUAUGGCUUAAAUUUGUGUAUGUACAGUAGCUAUUCUCAUUUUCUAUUAGAAUGUACUUUUUAAAUAACACUGCGCUUCAUGGCACCCCUGAACCUGCAAUGUUAGACUAAGUUAAGAUAACGUCCUUUGAUGAAAGGACAAAAAUGCAAAAAAAAUAAAAAAAAUAAACACUUGGUGGACUACAACUACCUUUGUAUUUAUCCUACUGUUUUUACCAAUCAAAUGUCAAUUUUUUAUACUUUGUUUUUUUUUUCUUGUUUUUAUUUGAUUUGUUGUUAAGAUCCCUGUCUUACCUUAAUGUUUGUACACACAUCAGUUUUCCUGCACUGUAAAAGUAGCUUUACUGUCUUUUAAAACUUAUUCCAAUGUCCAGCACUAACUGUUUUAGCAUAUACAGGUUAGAUGAUCUUCAGAAGCUUUUCACUCUCAACGUGUUUGACAUAGGGAGGUGAAUGAGUGUUAGAUGGCAAGUGAUACUCCAAUUUUUGGUUGUGUUUUGUUAGUUUUGGGCUACUGCUGCACAUUUUAGAAAAAAGGAUAACAUAGAUUCUCAUUGGCACGUAACUUAAGUGUUUUAAAGUACUGGGCUCAGAUUGAUCUGGAUUCUUUCAUUUACAGUAGUUGGACAUUUGUUCUUCGGAACAGACUACUAUUUCUGUUUAUGGAUAUUCAAGUGUUUUUCUGCAUUUGUAAAACUUAGAAUGAUGCUUGCAGGUCAGUGUACUCUGAGUAUUGGACAUUUCUACAAGAAUUUGAACUGCAUGUGCAACUAAUUAAGAAAUUUGUUAUCUUGAUAUGAUUCCAGACAUGAUCCAGGGAUAUUUGGACAUUAAUGAUUCACAAUAACUAAAGUUUUUUUCUUCCAAAAAAUUCCAUUAAACAUCAUUGCAAGGC